GUCUAUGUCCUCCACCUAAAUUCGAAUUAAGUUUCCGAAAACUGGCGAAAACGUCUUUUGUUGUUUAUGAUGGAAAUUUCACCGGAUAUUUUAUCUAUAAAUGGUAUUUUGGUGAGCGCAAAGGCAGAAUAUGGUGAUAUCUCCAAAAUUAUAUACAAAGGAUUAGUUGGAGAGGAUGCUAUAUUAUAUAUUCAAGAGUGCCUCCAGCUAUUCCUCAAAAAUAAAAAUUAUUUGGAAAAAGAUGUUCCAAAGUUCGAAUUUCGGAAUUAUUUUGAAGAGCUCUCAUUACUCUUCUUAGUUAACUGCGAAUUUAGAAAACCGUUAGAAAUCCAGGAAUAUGAACAUCUCACUAGCAACGUUCCAAAACUUUCAAAAUAUUUGAUUGCUAAAGUUAUUGUGGAUACCAAUUUGGUUGAAUUUUUCUGCACUGCUGUUCAAAAGCUACCUCUAGAAUACUCUUGUGAAAUUUUUGCAGAAUUUCCGCCAAUAAUGGAUAAAGAGGAACCCAAUCGAUUAAUAAAAGAUACUUAUUGCAUCUUGUCUACCAUAGGUAACAUAUCUUCUAAAAAUAAGGAGUUGAAAUAUUCGGAUGAUAUGGAUAGACUACUGAGGAAUGUGCCUGAUUUUUUGUUCUACAUGACGAGAGUACCAAAAUAUGGAGUUUUGAAAAAUAACACAUUAUAUAAAAGAGCAGGACUUGUAUUGGAAAAAUUUUUCAGUUUGCUGUUUUUAUGUCAUAAAAAUGAAAUAAUGGAUGGGAUAUUCAUUGAUAAAUUAAUUGAAUCAACAACUGCCAUUGUUAGGGCUGUAACAUUGGAUAUGUUCUUAUACUGGGCAGAGAUUGAUAUACCCAGUGGAAGCUUACAAUCUCAUUUGGCUGAAAGUGCAUAUCUUAUUAACGCAAAAUAUCAGCAUCAUAAACCUGCCGCAGAUCUAAUUGCUUCUUUGAAGCCCUUCGCAGCAAAACCCAAGGAUAUUAAGGAACAAUUGCAUUCAGCUGAUCUGAAGAGAAUGGUAUUUAUGGUCAACAAAGCCGAUGAAAACCAACAAAAAUGGUUUCAAGGUCUUAUAUUUUCUUCUUUCUUUUCUGAUAAAGAUGCUAUGGAAUGUUUGGAGAAAUGGGCACAUCUGUGUGAUGAAGAAGAUGUUAGUAGAUUAUUGAAUCAGUCUGUGAAGGUGAAAGACGAAAAACCGAAAAAAUUAGCAUUGAAAUGCGCGUCUCUAUUGAAUUUAGAGCAGUUGAUUGUUGUUGCAAUAAGACAUUUUUAUAAUAAUGGUUUUGUUGUAUUAAACAAUAAUCAACAUGAAAUAGUUUCAUGGUUCAAUAAACUAAAAGAUUCUGAUUCAGUGACACAAGAGGCCAGUCAUAAUUUAUUGUUCUUCAUACUCGAAAAUCCCGAUUUUUCGAUCCAUUUCAUUAUGACAGAGUGCAUCAAGAGCGAAUUUUAUAUUUCUUCAUUGUAUGAUUGCUUUAUAAAGUUGAAAGAUAUUUGGAGAAUACAUGACAUUUGCUUGAAGAACCUGAGUGAGCUCAUAAGAAAUAAACCCCCAACAGCAGAAACUUCUCAGUCGUAUAAAAAAUUGAUUCAAACUUUUUUUGUUAUUAACCUGAUGACAUUCGAAGUGUUCUCUGGUAGAAUACUAUGCCCCAUUUUGGAAGAAUAUAUGAAGGAGAAUAAGUAUAAGGAGAUGAAGCAGCUGCUAGUGAUACUGAAUAAUCUUGAGUUGAGUAUAACAGUUGGAGAAGGCACAAAGAAAUUUUUUGAAAUUCUAUUCGAGGUUAUACGUAAACGAUCGGAUGUUUUCAUAUCUGAUUUAACUUUACACAGUGCAAUACAGGAAAGUAUUCAUUUGAUUUUGUACAAAACGUCUCCGAAUCCACAACUUGGUGCUUCAUUUUUCGCAGGUAAUUUAGAGGAAAAAUAUAGACUUAAAUACUACAAACUAUAUUUGUGCAGUCCUACGGAGACUGGAGCACUUUCACGUUAUUUAAUAGGAAAUCUCGCCCCUGAUCAUACAGCUUUAAUCAUUCAGCUGAUGAGGGUUCUACCUACUUCUGUACAAGAUGAAUGGAUAUCCAUAUGUUCUGAAAUCUCAGAAAAACUCGGUUGUGUCGAGCUUGUACAAUUACUUAGGGAUUUAAUGAUUUUUCUUUGCGAUUACGCUAAAGUCCAGGCAAACAGGAACAUUUAUCCUACGAUAUUGGGGUGGUUGAGAUACAUUGUACAACAGUUUGGACACAUUUUGAAGACUAAGAUAUUGCCUUUGAAUAAUGAUGGAAACGAAAUUCUGAUUACACAAUCACUGGUCACUCUCUUGUCGCAUUUUCCAGAAGAAAUGAAAGAAACUGAAGGAUUAAAUAUAAUACAAUCCUUGAUGACAACGAAAUCACUAAAGCAUUUGGGAAAUGAUCCGAAUUUUGUUAAUGAUAUCUGUAGAAUAAAGAAUAGUGGCCUUUGCCAAGUGAUAGCUUCUAAAAUUCUUCAAUAAAAAACACUUUCACUGA